AUGUCUGGCGACACGGCCAUGACUAACAGCGCGGCCGCGGCUCCGUUGCCCAACGUCGACCCCGCCAUCUUUAGCUCCCUUCAAGCGAAAAUAGACGAAGAAACUGGGAUCCGCGACGAGCUCAAGAACAUUGUCGAAACUCUCUCGAAGCAAGGCAGAGUUACGCAGUCGAUCCUCUCUCGCAUCCACAACACGCCUACCGCGGACCUUGAAGAAUCGGUCCUCGCACCGUGUUCCGAAUCCCUCAAACAACAGGCGGCCACGGUGAAAGAACUGGCGCAGGCUGCCUCAAAGUAUCCCUUCUACAAAUGGAACUCAAUGUGGCAGCGAGAGGUACAGAAUGUUGUCAGCAACAUACAAAUGUGUGAGUGGCUCAAGAGUGGGAAUCUGGUGACACUGGAAGAAGUCGGACAGAGACUUGAAGUGCCGGUAGAUGUCAAAGGCGAAGACACCUUCCACAUUACGAUCGAAGACUACCUACUGGCCCUGACCAAUAUGAUCGAAGAGCUUGCCCGUCUUGCGCCCAACGCGGUGACUCUCGCCGACAACGCUCGCCCUUUGCAAAUCUCAAAGUUCACCAAAGAUGUCCACGCAGGGUUUCAGCUCCUGAACCUAAAGAAUGAUGCACUCCGGCGAAGAGUAGAUGCGCUCAAAUACAGUGUUAAGAAGGUGGAAGAUGUGGUAUAUGAUUUGAGUCUCAGAGGCUUGAUUCCGAAACACUGA